AGACACGUCACCAGGAGACGACGUCACUCUCCUGCGACGCUGUGGAUUUUCCCUGAGACGGAGAAGAAAGCCUUACAUUUUACCUUAGGGUUUUAUUACUUAUUAAUAACUGUAGCGUAUACUGUACCUCACAGUAUUUACAUUUUGAGAAAGGCUGACCUGCUAUUAAGUUGUUCGUCGCUCGCCAUUGAGUUACAGAAAAAAAUGCCCCUACAAUUUAUUGAAGGGAUGUCCAGCAGGAAGAGAAGACCCAACUGGACAGACCAGGAGUGUCUUCUUCUUGCCAUGUUAAUGCAAGAGAAGAAAGACAUAAUCAGAGGGAAGUGCUGCACUGGAAUUACAAUACAGGAUAAAAGGAAAGCAUGGGAGGAAGUAACCCAAGCUAUAAAUGAAGCCUUCCCACAGUUUCAGCGUACAGUAUCUGACUGUAACAAAAAGUGGGAAAAUCUAAUGUCAAAGUCAAGAGAGGAGAUCAAACGGCACAGAAGGCAAUCAAGCACAGAAGGCCUGUCAAUGGAGCAGUUAAGUCCUGUGACUCAGGUGGUGAUUUCUGUGAUGAACCUCUCUGACAGGCUGCAACAGGAUGGAGAAGAAUCUUCAAUCUCAGGGCUGAUGGAAACUCAACAAAACAGUUGUGAUGAAGAUGGGAAUCAACACUCAAUUGAUGAAAGGUUCUCCAAAAAACAUCCACUGAGAGAGCUUGAGCUCCCUACACAUUCAGAACCAUCAAGUUCUCCAGCAGAACCGGAAAUUACAGUUUUUCCGAACUUCCCAAAAUCAAUCGCAAUGCAUUUCAGUACUCCUCGUGCUGCUGACUUCGCAACUUCUGCAGGACACCAGGAAACCUCCUGCUCUUCUUCAUCUCCAGGCAACUGCACAAUGUUGCAAGACCGUUUGGAUUUGGAAAUGUCUGUUCUAAGAAGACAAGAGACAGUCCUAAAGCUACAAGAAGAAUAUUACACACUUAAAAUUAAGAUGAUGAAAAAGCAGAUAGAAGAGCCGCUGUCAAAGGACUGAAGUCACUGUAAAGAAUGACCUGUUGCACCGGUCUGUUUCUUGUGAAAUGUGUACGUGUAUGUAGACACCCUUUUGUUUUGUAGCGAACUUGUGUUAUUGUUUGAAUUGAUUAUAUGUUGACAUAGAAACAGCAAUAUAAGCGUGAAUAAAAGUAAAACACACAA